GGGUGAAUGGAGGCAGCAAGACAUGUUCUCGGCGCCGUGAUGGAGAGGAAUUACCGUUAAAAAGGCAGGCAGGCAGGCAGCGGCAGGCAGCUGAUGUGUUCCAGUGAGAGGGCAGAGCCUCCUAUCAGCGUCGCCCUCACACACACGCUCCCCGGGGUGUCCAGUCGCAGCCAUUCGCAGGUGGGGUUCGGUGGAUAGGUGGUAGAGAUGUACGGGAGCGCCCGAACAGUCAGCCACCUGGAGAGCAGCCCUGCCCGCUCGCCGCGACUCCCCCGCUCGCCGCGGCUGGGUCACCGGCGCGCCCACAGCGGAGGCGGCAGCGGCAGCGGCGGCGGGGGGAAGACCCUCUCCAUGGAGAACAUCCAGUCCCUCAACGCCGCCUACGCCACCUCCGGUCCCAUGUACCUGAGCGACCACGAGGGCCUGGGCGUCAGCCACCACGCCACCUACCCGCGGGGCACCAUGACAUUGGGCCGCUCGUCCAACCGCGCCAUGUACGGCGGCCGCGUCACCGCCAUGGGCAGCACGCCCAACAUCGCCACGGCGGGGCUGCCGCACUCGCACAUCGACCUGCUGGGCUACAGCGACCUGGGCUCGCUGUCCAUGCUGCACCACCACCACCACGGCACGCCCUCGGCCCUGCUGCGGCAGGCGGUGCGCGGCGGCGGCGAGAUCCUGGAGAUGCAGGCGCAGCUUCGGGAGAUGCAGCGGGAGAACGAGCUGCUGCGCCGCGAGCUCGACCACAAGGACACCAAGCUGGGGUCCUCGGCCAACAGCAUCAAGAGCUUCUGGAGCCCCGAGCUGAAGAAGGAGAGGGUCAUGCGGAAGGAGGAGGCUGCACGCACCUCCGUGCUCAAGGAGCAGAUGAGGAUCACCCAUGAAGAGAACCAGCUGUUGGAUGCCAGGAGGACUAAGCACCUUCAGCUGACAAUACAGGCCCUACAGGACGAGUUGCGCACGCAGAGGGACCUCAACCACCUGCUACAACAGGAGAACAGCGGGCGCCUCGGGGGCGGCGACCACUUCACCACCAUCGAGCUGACCGAGGAGAACUUCCGGCGGCUGCAGGCCGAGCACGACCGCCAGGCCAAGGAGCUCUUCCUGCUGCGCAAGACCCUGGAGGAGAUGGAGCUGCGCAUCGAGACGCAGAAGCAGACGCUGGGCGCGCGCGACGAGUCCAUCAAGAAGCUGCUGGAGAUGCUGCAGAGCAAGGGGCUGCCGUCGGGGGGGGGUCACCGCGCCUCCGAGGAGGAGGAGCAGGAGAGGGCGCGGCGCAUCGCGGAGGCUGAGGCCCAGCUCAGCCACCUGGAGGUCAUCCUGGAUCAGAAGGAGAAGGAGAACAUGCACCUGAGAGAAGAGCUGCAUCGGAGGAACCAGCUCCACCAGGACCCAGGCAAAACAAAAGCCCUACAGACCAUCAUUGAGAUGAAGGACAGCAAAAUCGCGUCGCUGGAGCGCAACAUUCGCGACCUAGAGGACGAGAUCCAGAUGCUGAAGACCAACGGCUUGCUGAACACAGAAGACCGUGAGGAGGAGAUCAAGCAGAUGGAGGUGUACAAGAACCACUCCAAGUUCAUGAAGAGCAAGAUUGACCAGCUGAAGCAGGAGCUCUCAAAGAAGGAGUCAGAGCUGCUGGCCUUACAGACCAAGCUGGAGACUCUGAACAACCAGAACUCUGACUGCAAGCAGCACAUCGAAGUCCUCAAAGAGUCCCUCACUGCCAAGGAGCAACGCGCUGCCAUCCUCCAGACUGAGGUGGAUGCCCUGAGGCUGCGUCUGGAGGAGAAGGAGUCCUUCCUGAACAAGAAGACCAAGCAGCUGCAGGACCUGACGGAGGAGAAGGGCACGCUGGCGGGGGAGAUCCGAGACAUGAAGGACAUGCUGGAGGUGAAGGAGAGGAAGAUCAACGUCCUCCAGAAGAAGAUCGAGAAUCUCCAGGAGCAGUUGCGGGAUAAGGACAAGCAGCUGGGGAACCUAAAGGACCGGGUGAAGUCUCUGCAGACAGACUCCAGUAACACAGACACGGCUCUGGCCACCCUGGAGGAAGCGCUGUCCGAAAAGGAGCGGAUUAUUGAGCGCCUGAAGGAUCAGAGAGAGAGGGAGGACCGGGAGAGACUGGAGGAGGUGGAGGCCUACAGAAAAGAGAACAAGGACCUAAAGGAGAGGGUUGGCACCUUGCAGCUGGAGCUGACUGACAAAGAGUCUAAUCUGAUUGACCUGAAGGAGCACGCCUCCUCCCUGGCCUCCUCGGGUCUCAAGAAAGACUCCAAACUGAAAUCCCUGGAGAUUGCCAUUGAGCAAAAGAAAGAAGAGUGCAGUAAGUUGGAGACACAGUUGCAGAAGCAAGCAGAGCAGCUGUUCAGUCAGAUGAGCAACCCUAAGGCUCAUGAGGUGGAUCACCCGAGUUCCCGGGGCAAACCCGUGGAGUUCGUGGAUCGGGUGAAGCUCCUGGAGAAGGAGGUGGUGUUCUACAAGGAGGAGUCUGGGAAAUCCCAGGCGGAGGUGGAGCGACUGUUGGAGAUCCUUCGGGAGGUGGAGACUGAGAAGAACGAUAAGGACAAGAAGAUAGCUGAACUCGAAAGCCUCACUCCCAGGCAAACCAAGGACCAAAUCAAAAAGGGCCCAAACAUCAAACUGGGCCCUCUGGGAGACAAGAAGGAUGCAAGGAAGGACAACCCCAUGGACAACCCAAAGAUGGAGGAACUGAUGAAUGUUCUGGAGAAGACCAGGCAGGAGCUGGACGCCACCAAGCAGCGCCUGUCUUCCACCACGCAGUCCCUGACUGAGCGAGACGGUCACCUGACCAACAUGCGGCAGGAGCGUCGCAAACACCUGGAGGAGAUCCUGGAAAUGAAGCAACAAUCUCUGCUGGCAGCCAUCAGCGAGAAGGACGCCAACAUCGCCCUUCUGGAACUCUCCGCUUCAAACAAGAAGAAGACGCAGGAUGAGGUGCUGUCUCUGAAAAGAGAGAAGGACAAGCUGAUGCAUCAGCUCAAACAGCAGACCCAGAGCAGAAUGAAGCUGAUCUCUGAUAACUAUGAGGACGACCACUACCACCCCCAUCCUCCAAACCACAUGCAGACUCAGCCGCCUCAUCCACAGCCACAACCCCAGCCAGGGUACCCCCAUCCCCAGCACCUACAGCACGCACCACAGCCUCCCUAUCCCCACGCCCCACACCCCCAACACCCUCAGCCCCCACCCCAGCACAUGCACCCUCAGGGGCCACAGCCCCAGUACCCUCCCCACCCCCAACAUCCUCAACAUCCACAGCACCCUCAACAUCCACAGCACCCCCAACAUCCACAGCACCCCCAACACACCCAGUCGCCUCCCCAGCACCCUCAGCAUGGCCCCCGGGCCCAGCAGACGCACCCUCAGCAGCCCCACCCACAGCAGCCCCACCCACAGCAGCCCCACCCUCAGCAGCCCCACCCUCAGCAGCCC